AUGGAGGGGCCCAACUUCACAGUGGUGACCGAGUUCAUUCUGCUGGGCAUCACAGAUCGCCCUGAGCUGCAGGCUCCACUGUUCCUCCUGUUCCUCUUCGUCUACCUGACCUCACUGCUGGGCAACCUGGGCAUGAUCAUCCUCACCCAGGUGGACCCCAGGCUGCAAACUCCCAUGUACUUUUUCCUCAGACACCUGGCUCUCACUGACCUUGGCUAUUCUACAGUUGUGGGACCCAAAAUGUUGGUAAAUUUUGUGGUGAAUCAAAAUACAAUCUCCUAUCAUUUUUGUGCUCUGCAGUUAGCUUUCUUUCUUUUGUUCAUUGCUUGUGAACUGUUAAUUUUGUCCGCCAUGUCCUAUGACCGCUAUGUGGCCAUCUGUAACCCUCUCCUCUACACUGUCAUCAUGUCACAAAAAGUAUGCUGGACACUCAUGGCAAUUUCCUAUCUCUAUGGUACAUUUGUGUCUCUUCUGGUCACCACCGAGGUUUUCAGUUUGUCCUUCUGUAAAUACAAUGUCAUCAGUCAUUUCUACUGUGACAAUCUCCCAUUGUUAUCUUUGGCCUGUUCAGAUACACAUGAAACUGAGAUGAUAAUUUUAUUCUUAUCAGCUGUGAAUUUGAUUUUCUCUCUUUUCAUUAUACUCGUGUCCUACCUGCUCAUCCUCAGAGCCAUUCUCAGGAUGAAGUCUGCAGAGAGCAGGCGCAAGGCCUUCUCCACAUGUGGGUCCCACCUGACUGUGGUCACCGUGUUCUAUGGGACACUGAUAUUUAUGUACGUGCAGCCCAAGUCCAGUCACUCCUUUGACACUGACAAAGUGGCUUCUAUAUUUUACACUCUGGUCAUCCCCAUGUUGAAUCCCUUGAUCUAUAGCUUGAGGAACAAAGAUGUAAAAUUUGCCCUGCAAAGAUCACAGGGAAAACUAUGCAAUAUCUUUUCUUAA